AUGUCGACGUUUUGGUUAUCGGUGCUGGCCCGACUGGUCUGGGCACUGGCCAAGCGUCUGCAGCAGAUGAAAAGCGCCUCGUGGUUAAUCAUUGACUCGGUCGAAACCCCCGGCGGACUGGCCUCCACUGACAUUACUCCAGAGGGCUUCUUAUUCGGCGUCGGUGAACAUGUUAUCUUCUCCCACUACAAGUAUUUUGACGACUGCCUCAAUGAAGCCCUUCCCAAAGCCGAGGAUUGGCUCGUGCCCGUCCGGCCAGCGACAAACCCGCCAACCUCGACGUCCCGUAAUGUCGGCGAGCGACCGAACGAGAUCUCCAUGCGUCCGUACAACUUUAAGGUCUGGGCUGUGCCCCUAAGCAAGAUGACCGCUAUCUGGCUUGGUGAGCGUAUGGUCGCCCCUAACCUGAAGCUGUUGACUAGUAAUGUCAUCCUUAACAAGGUGGCUGGCAACUGGGGACCUAAUGCCACUUUCAACUGGAUGCCUGGUCUUGGGCCCGCCGUUCUGGGAGAAAGUUCAUUCCAAAAUAUGGCUGUCAAGCGAAGCCAUAUCUGGACCAAGCUGGGAAUGCUGGCUAACGCGGGAGCCGGAGGAGCAGAUGGCAGCCAGAUUGUGCUGUUCCUCCAGGGUGCUUUGGCCAACAUGUCUUCGUUGUGGGUGGAACAUGCUGCGCAGGAGACGAGAGCAUUGCGCAAUGGUUCAGCGGAGAAAGGUUUUCUGUAUAGGCAGUGUUGCGGACUGUGCGCCCUUCACCCUAAUGGAUCUCACCGUCAGAUUCCCCUCCCCCAUGGGAUAGAGUAA